CUGCCUAGCCAUUUAGUACGAGUAAGCUGAAAGGAUGUGCUGCCCGUGCCUCCCGCCACACUUAAACUCGAAUCAAUCCCCCCACCUCGAAAAACUAACAAUCAAAGCAGCAUUACCAUCAAAGCCGCCAUCAUCUAGCGCGUAAUCACGCUUCUUUACUACAAUAUCCAAAUGGCGGAGGGGCAACUUCAGAAGGUGAAACUUCAGAGCAACGGUGGCCAGACCAUCGAGGUUGAUCGCGCCAUCGCUUGCCGCUCGCGCCUGAUCGAGGACUUGAUUGGCGAUCUUGGCGAGGACAUGGUUGCCCAUACGCCGAUUCCGAUUCCGAAUGUCAGCGAGGCUGUUCUCAGAAAAGUUCUCGAGUGGUGCGAGCACCACCGCAACGAUCCCGCGCUGGUUAGCGGUGAGAACAGUGAAAGCUGGAAAACGACGGAUAUCGACGAGUGGGACCAGUUGUUUAUGCAAGUCGACCUACAAAUGCUGUUCGAGAUCAUUCUGGCCAGCAACUACCUCGAUAUUGAACAGCUUUUGCAGGUCGGCUGCAAAACCGUCGCCAACAUGAUCAAGGGCAAGUCGCCGGAUGAGAUCCAUAAGGCAUUCAACAUCACCAGCGACCUUAGCCUCGAGGUGGAGAAGGAGCGGGUCCGCCGUGGUGAUUAUGGGCAGAACAGCUAGAAAUGUGAAGGGAUCUUAGGCAAAGGUAACAUGAUAUAAUGGAAGAACCAUCAGGCGCACAUGUGUUUAAAUAUUCAACUCCCUAUAACUAAAAAUAUUCCUCCAACUUUUCCACGCCGCCUUUCGACCUAGCCAGCAGACACGACGUCCUCGACGAAAUCAAGUUCCCGAUUGGGAUAGUCGAUCACCGUAACCGGUCUUGAUAGAGAGCACUACAGCCUGCGAAAUUAGCUGUCUGGAGGGGGCGGAGGUUGUAGGAAUAUAUAAAGAAAGGGGAAGCAUGACUGAGAGCGAACCCAUACGACGUACGUAGGAAAGGGGGGGGAACGAAAUAGCCUUGUCGCCCACCCAGAAGCAUUUUAUUCACCCAUAUAUAAAGCAUAUAAGCAAGGUCUGGUUGAAAAAAAAACCAUUUCAGUAGCCUGAAAAGGUCAAGCAUCACCAUGUGUUUCAGUACAGCUGCAAAGCCUUUCACACCAGAUCCCAAAUAUCGC